AUCCACGUGUUCAUUUCAGGGGCGUGGCUAAAAUAGAGUUGAUGCUCUGCCUACAACAAAAUGGAGCUUAUUGCCAAGGAGUAUCAAGGUGUUUGUGAAGCUAGUAGUGAAGACUCUGAGCCCCAAAGACCCACAGUAUUCUGUCCAAAUUCUCAAGAUAUUAUUAGUACAGCCGUUACUCCAUCAAGUGGCCGCUAUGUAUCUACAAGAAAGAGAAAAAUGCUUGGAGUCAGUGCCACUCCAUCUUUUAAUAAUGCUCCUUCAUCCUUAACUAGUACAGACUCUGUAGCUAAUAGCAGCUCUCUAUCAUCUUUUAUAAAAGGACCAACUAGUACAUGGAUCAGUAGUCAUAAUAAAGAUCCUUUAGUUUGGAGAGGACAUGAUAAGCCAGUCCUGAGUCUUGACUGGCACUCAUCCCAUCCUUCUCUUUUACUCUCCUCCUCUCUUGACAGAACAGUCAAAGUGUGGGACAGCUCACAUAAGAAUCACUGUCUUGCCUCUUUGAUUUCAAGCACUCCUGUCCAGGUUGCUAAAUGGGUGCAUGAUUCUAAUCAGACUUUAAGUGGCGGACAUGAUAAAGCUGUAAAUGAAACAGACAUGGAAACUAUGAUUACAAUACAUACUAUUAAACUGGAUGGCAUAUUGACUGCAUUAGCUCUUCAUCCAACUGAUCNCAAUGUAUUUGUCACAGGGGAUUCAUGUAAAACUGUCAAAUCUUGGGACAUCAGAACCCAAAAGUCCAUUAACUCGUUUAUCGGUUCUGGAGGACAAAUACUAGACAUUACUUUUAUCAAUGGUGGAAAAGAGCUGGUUGCUUCUUCUGAUAUUGUGCGUAAAAAUGCAGCGAGUCAGAUGCUGCUAGUGUGGGAUUGUUCUUUCAGUGUUGCAAAGUCUAGUCAGAUUUACUGCGAGCCUUAUACCUGUCCCUGUGUUAUGACUCAUCCUUAUGAAGAACAGUUCAUGGCUCAAUCCAAUGCUAACUAUAUUGUAAUCUUCUCCUCUAAACCACCUUACAGGAUGAAUAAGAGAAAGCGGUACGAUCAUCAUUCAGUGAGCGGCUACAAAACCCAAUUUGAUAUUGAUUAUAAUGGUCAGUAUCUUGUUUCUGGUAGUUCUGAUGGAGGCCUGUAUGUAUAUGACUGUCACACGACGAGACUUAGGAAGAGACAUUCAUUUUCAAUGCCUUCCAUUGCAGUUCAGUGCCAUCCAACUGUCCCAUCAUUAGUCGCUUGUUCUUUGUGGGAUGGAUCUAUUGUUGUGCUUAAUAUUUAACAUUAUCAUCUUUAUUUUCAUUUUAUUUAUUUUUGCAGCUCAAGAUCUCUAAAUCUGUAAUUUAUAGAUGCUCCAAUCUUUAUGUGGUGGUCCUAGCAAUUUUUAUAUCCCUGGAAUUAAGCUGAGGCUUUGAUUAAUAGCUCAAGCCUCAGAAAAAAGAACUUAAUGUCUAAUUUUUUUUGCAGAAUGUAUCUACCGUAUUUAUUCUAUAAAAGCG